AUGGAUGUUAGAAAAAUGGCCUAUCAGCUAGCUCUCAAAAACCACAUCAAAAAUCAAUUUAGAAAUGAAGUAGCAGGACGUGCUUGGUUGGAUAAUUUUUUGAAGCGACACAAAAACAAUUUAUCCCUACGCAGACCAAUGGGAACAUCGUAUGCUCGUACUCAAGGCUUUAACAGUGAAGCAGUUAAAGAAUUUUUUGACAUUUUGGAAGCUGAAAUGAGAAACAACAAUAUUCCUCCAGACAGGAUUUUCAAUGUCGAUGAGACGGGGCUCACAGUUGUGCAGUCAAAAGUACCACAGGUGGUGGGAAAAAAAGGCAAGAGGCAGAUAGGAGCUUUGACUGCUGCCGAAAGAGGUUCACUGUGUACUGUGGUUUGUUGCAUGAGUGCAUCGGGUAUUUUUGUACCACCUAUGAUGAUUUUCCCAAGAAAAAACUUUACAGAUCUUUUGAUGAAAGGUGCGCCACCUGGAACGAUUGGUAAAGUUCAUCCAUCAGGUUGGAUUCAAUCUAAUUUGUUUACUGAGUGGUUCAGGCAUUUUAUUGAAAAAACGAACCCCAGCGAGGCCUCUCCCGUGUUGCUCAUCUUUGACGGACAUUACAGUCACACUCGUAAUUUAGAAAUAAUAGAGCUGGCCCGCGAAAAUCAUGUCACCAUUAUCAGUCUCCCACGGGCGAAAUUGCAGUAA